UCUUUUGCAGAGCUAGGCCUGCCAGUGAAAGCAAACGCAGUCAAUGCAGAGUGUUUGUGUUCCGGAGCAGAAAAUAAAAACAUUUACAGUGGAUACGAACAGACGGGCAUUAAAAGCGAAAAGACAGAAAUAGAAUACAUUUGUUUUUUGAAAAGGGUCUGUGAGACGUGCAAUUUGGAUGCCCUUAUUAAAACUGGUCAAUAUUUCAUCAUGAAUAGAAAUAAGCGUGAAAAAGAAUACUACAGUUUAGAUGUUGGAGAUUCAACAUUUACUGUUUUGAAACGCUAUCAAAAUUUAAGACCUAUUGGCUCAGGGGCCCAGGGAAUUGUCUGCUCAGCGUAUGACCACAACCUUGAAAGAAAUGUUGCCAUUAAGAAACUUAGUCGUCCUUUUCAAAAUCAAACCCAUGCCAAAAGAGCUUACCGAGAGCUGGUGCUAAUGAAGUGCGUCAAUCACAAGAAUAUUAUUGGCCUGCUUAAUGUAUUUACACCCCAAAAAUCUCUUGAGGAAUUCCAGGAUGUUUACAUUGUUAUGGAGCUGAUGGAUGCCAAUCUCUGUCAAGUGAUUCAGAUGGAGUUAGACCAUGAGCGAUUGUCCUACCUACUGUAUCAGACGCUAUGUGGAAUCAAACAUCUUCAUUCGGCUGGAAUCAUACACAGGGAUUUAAAACCCAGUAAUAUUGUAGUGAAGUCAGACUGCACACUGAAGAUCCUUGACUUUGGACUAGCCAGGACAGCAGCCACUGGCUUAUUGAUGACACCUUAUGUGGUCACGCGCUAUUACAGGGCACCUGAGGUCAUUCUUGGAAUGGGAUAUCAAGCAAAUGUGGAUAUAUGGUCUGUGGGGUGCAUUAUGGCAGAAAUGGUUCGCCACAAAAUCCUGUUUCCAGGAAGGGACUAUAUUGAUCAGUGGAACAAAGUCAUUGAACAGUUAGGGACACCAUCCCAAGAGUUUUUGAUGAAACUCAACCAAUCCGUUAGAACCUAUGUGGAAAACCGACCCAGGUAUGCUGGAUAUACCUUUGAAAAGCUUUUCCCAGAUGUCCUUUUUCCAGCUGAUUCGGAGCACAACAAGCUCAAAGCUAGCCAAGCAAGAGAUUUGUUAUCUAAAAUGCUUGUAAUAGAUGCAUCCAAACGAAUCUCUGUGGAUGAGGCUCUUCAGCAUCCAUACAUUAAUGUCUGGUAUGAUCCUGCUGAAGUGGAAGCUCCCCCACCACUGAUCACUGAUAAGCAGUUAGAUGAAAGAGAACACACAGUCGAGGAGUGGAAAGAGUUGAUAUACAAGGAAGUCCAUGAAUGUGAAGAGAGGACGAAAAAUGGGGUAAUCCGAGGACAACCUGCAUCUUUAGGUGCAGCAGUGAUUAAUGGCUCCCAGCAUCCGUCAUCGUCUUCAUCUGUCAAUGAUGUAUCCUCCAUGUCAACAGACCCCACAUUGGCUUCAGACACUGACAGCAGUUUAGAAACAUCAGCUGGACCACUUGGCUGCUGUAGAUGACUCUCAUCUUUUUUUGGUCCUUGUGUUUGUGCUAGAUAGUAUAGUUUUUAAAAAUGCUCCAGCUUGAUUUUUCCAGAAUGCUAAUUAGGCUGUAAAUUAUUGGCUUUUUUUUUUUUCUGGAAAGAACCUGAGAACAGAUUUCACUUUUAAACACUAAGGUGUCUAUUUGCGAUCAGUGGAAAUUAAAGUUGGUUCAGUUUUUUAAUAGUUUGUUUUUCAGCUAGUGUUAAAUCCCAAGGUUACAAAUUUAUUUUGCCAUAUUGCUGUAGAAUUCUUAAAUUAAUUUGUAAAGAUUUAUGAUGGAUAUUUUUUAAUCCUUUUUAUUUUAAAUUCAAUUUGCUGUGAGAUAUUUUGCCACAUUUGAUUUUACUUUGAUUUGUUCAUGAUGUCUUCUAUGACAUGUGACAGAGGACAUUUUUUCAGUUUAGUUCAUAAAUAGAUAUUGUAUAAAAUACAUGUAUUCUAUUACUAGAAAAACAACAAUAUUUGAUUUAAAUUUGUCUAGAAAACAACUGAAAAUCGUCUGAUACCUAACUACUUUCA